UUUUUUUUCCUCCCGCCAUUGUUGUUAUUGGUAAUAUCAGCUCCUCCAUCGCGGCCUCCCCUCCCGGCUCCUGGGUUGUCACUGCCGGUUUGCUACCCGCCCCCUCCAGUCCCCCUCAGGUUGGAAGCGGCACCCCCCACGGGCCUGCUCGCGCUCCCCCUCCUGGCGAACCUUGUCUUCCGGCAGAGAGUGGGGGAGCAGGCCCGAAGGAGCUCAGGAGGCUUUUGCAAUCCUCCGCCGGUGGGGACUGGGGGACACCGGACUCUGGCUUGGCUACCGUGGACUGGGAGUGGGAACCCCGCACAGCCCCGCUGCUGCAGUUGCGCUCCGGGUCUGCUCCGCCGGCACCGGCACCGCGGUCACCUUCAGGUGGCCUCGGAGCCUCAAAGAGGGGACGGUGGGAGGUCUCUCGGCUUCCCAGAGCCUGGGCUCUAUAAGAGGGCACCGUGAGCUGCAGGAAUCCGUUACCCGCAGGAUUCCAUUGGUCAAAUCUCAAGCUUCUAUAGAAUGCGAUGAGAAUUUGCCAAAGUUGAUUUUCGAAAGAGAGAGAGGGUUGCGGCUUAUUCCUAGGAACAGAGACGUCUGCCGUUCCCUUCGAUGCCUCACGUUGCAGAAGCUGGACGAGCCACUGAUUCUGGACAUGGUGAGCCCAAAGCCGAGAACAAGUCCCCGGAAGAGGAUCUACAAGGUGCUGUACAAUCUUUCUGCACAAGUGCCUCAGGAGCACCCGUGGGCCCCAGAGGAGAUGGUCAUUAUCCUUCAAGCUGUCCAGUGACUCAUACUCGGGAGAAAAUCUAUGCCAUCUGUUCCGAUUAUGCCUUCCUCAACCAGGCAACCUCCAUCUACAAAACUCCCAACCCAGCCCGUUGCCUCGCUGAUAACAAUACCUCGCUUUCUGCAGAAAACAGUUCAAGAUACAUUGGUGUCCCACCUGGUACAUCAGACAUAAUCUAUAAUGAAGAAAACAGUUUGGAAAACUUAUCCACCAGUCUGGGCAAGCUACCUCUCGCGUGGGAAAUUGAUAAGUCGGAAUUUGAUGGGGUAACCACAAAUUUGAAACACAAAUCAGGCAAUGCGAAGAAACAAAUUUCCAAGAAAAAAACUUCAGAGAAGAAAGGGAGGCAUCAGAGGGAAUGUCCCCAGCACUCUCCUCUUGAGGAUGUGAGACAGCGGAAAGUCUUAGACCUCAGACGGUGGUACUGUAUAAGUCGGCCACAAUACAAGACUUCCUGUGGUAUCUCCUCCCUGAUUUCUUGUUGGAAUUUCCUCUACAGCACAAUGGGAGCUGGGAAUCUCCCACCUAUUACCCAAGAAGAUGCAUUGCAUAUUUUGGGCUUCCAACCCCCAUUUGAAGAUAUUAGGUUUGGCCCUUUCACUGGAAACACAACACUCAUGAGAUGGUUUAGACAAAUUAAUGACCACUUCCAUGUGAAAGGGUGUUCGUAUGUUCUGUAUAAGCCCCACGGGAAGAACAAAACAGCCGGAGAAACUGCUCCAGGGGCCUUGUCAAAGUUGACCCGAGGAUUGAAAGAUGAGUCACUGGCUUAUAUCUAUCACUGCCAAAAUCAUUAUUUCUGUCCAAUUGGCUUCGAAGCAACCCCUGUCAAAGCUAAUAAGGCAUUCAGCAGGGGCCCUCUCUCACUACAGGAAGUAGAGUAUUGGAUUUUAAUUGGAGAGUCAAGUAGAAAACAUCCUGCCAUUCACUGUAAAAGAUGGGCAGAUAUUGUCACUGAUCUAAAUACUCAAAAUCCAGAAUUCUUAGAUAUCCGCCAUCUGGAGAGAGGGCUGCAGUUCCGGAAAACAAAGAAGGUGGGAGGAAAUUUGCAUUGCCUCAUAGCAUUCCAGAGACUCAGUUGGCAAAGAUUUGGCUUUUGGAACUUUCCAUUUGGGACCAUUAGACAAGAACCACAGCCUCCUACACACGCCCAAGGACUUGCCAAAUCGGAGAGUGAAGACAAUAUCUCCAAGAAGCCGCAUGGGCGUCUGGGAAGAUCCUUCAGUGCUAGUUUCCACCAGGACUCGGCAUGGAAGAAGAUGUCUAGUAUCCGCGAGAGAAGGAACAGUGGCUACCACAGCUACAGUGAUUACAAUGGCAAUGACUGACCACGCUGGGAACCGAACCACUGGCUCAGUGGUUCAGUUUCGUACACUGCUGCUGUGUGCAGGACUGCAUUAAGGCAGAAGAUGAUUUUAUUAAGUCCAUCGAUAGGACCAGAUCUUGUGAUACAAAGCAUAACCUGUAGUUCUCCAGUAAAAUAAGCUUACAUAGUGUUACGACGGUUGGCUUCAAAUAUAUAGGCAGGUAAGCACAGAUUACUGCCCUUUGAAAGUAGAUAAGCCAUCUGGACAAAGGGUUUCACAAAAAUCCAAUAAAAUCACAACUGCUUCAGAACAAAAACACAAAUGCAUUUAACGGCAUCAAGACUUGAACUACUAAAAGCAUGAAGCGAUUUCUUGAAACUUGAUCUGUAGUCAUGUAUUACAGAUACUUUGAUUCCUAAGACCAAUUUGCAAGGCACUGUCUGCCCUUGAGAAUGGGGGCUGUUGCCGGGCGGUGGUGGCGCACGCCUUUAAUCCCAGCACUCGGGAGGCAGAGGCAGGCGGAUCUCUGGGAGUUCGAGGCCAGCCUGGUCUACAAGAGCUGGUUCCAGGCCAGGCUCCAAAGCUACAGAGAAACCCUGUCUCGAAAAACCAAAAAAAAAAAAAAAAAAGAGAAUGGGGGCUGUUAGGCUCUAGCUUUUGCUCAUGUUAAAGCUCAUUUGGAACUAUCUGGCCAGUUGUUCUUUCGAUGCUAGCAGUAUCCACUGCACCUCUUAGCUUUCUUGAAUAACUGUCUCAGGAUUCUCAACACAGAAACAGAAAAUACUCAAGAAACUGACCUUUCUACAGGUGCAGAUGGGUGACUUACGGCAUUGAUUCUGGUACUCUUGGUCUGGCACAUGUCUGUGAAAUAGUUACAAGAAGCGUAGGUCUUGAGCGAUGUCUUCAGAUCUAGAACAAACUUGUUUUAGGGAUAUAGUUAAGGGGCAUUUGGAAUCUAUAUCCAUGUAAUAAGUGCAGUGAGUUCUGAUAUUUGGUCUCUUAAUGGAGUCGUGUGCUAGCAACGGCACUGAAGACACAUUGGCAAUGUCCAGCUCACCCUGAGGACAACACUCUGUAUUCUCAACGCUGAGCUGUUUCCUUUCGUGAAACAUCCAAUUAAUUGUUGGAAGUGUGUAUUAAAUAUUUCAGAACUGUGAAUUCAAUACUUGAGCUCCUCUUUAGCUGCUGUUGUGUUUCUUUUGCUGCCAGUGUGCGACUCAUAGACGUCUAGGGUCUUGUUCUUUCAUGUAAUAUCCUCAUUCCAGGACUCAACUCAGUAUCUCCGUGAGUACAAGGUGGUGAGGAUGUUGGAACCAUAUUGCAAUACACCUCAAGGCCUCAAGGGGAGGUUUCAGAUUUUUAUUUUUAAAAAUUUUUCUUUUUUUCUCUUGAAUUUUAUAUCCAUUUAUCCACUCGUACAUGUCUAGCCUACAGAGAGUGAUAUAUAUUACAAAAUGGUCAUAUUUCUGAAGAGAUUAUUUAGCUUGAAAUGCAAAGAACCGAAAGAUUUGUAGGUUGUUGGUUUUGUUUCAACUUUGUUGAGAAGCUCAUACUGGAACUUUUAAAAUGUUGUCAUCAAAUAAAGUUUUGUUUUCUAC